AUGUGGCUGACCGUCAAGCUUCUCUUAGGCCGGAGGUGCUUACUCCAAGUCUCAGAGAACGAGAAAGUAUUUAUGUUAAAGCGACUCGUGUCCAAGCAGCUCCAUGUCCCAGAGAAACAGCAGCGUCUACUCUUCAGAGGCCAAGUCCUGGCUGACAACAAGCGCCUCUCCGACUACUGUAUCGGACCCAAUUCUACACUCAAUGUGAUCCUCCGUCCCAUGGAGAAGGCAUCCCCCGAGAGGCCUUCCCAGUCUCCAUCUCAGACUCAGUCUCCAUCUCAGCCUCAGUUUCCGCCUCAGUUUCAGUCACUGUGGCCUCAGCUUGGCCAGAUUCUGGCCAAACAUUUUAGCCCACAGGAUGCAGAGAAAGUGCUUAACCGGCUAAAGGAAGAACACAGGAGGUGCUUGCAGCAGAUGAGCCUGGACGACUUGGAGAGGAUCUCAAAGCUCUUAGUUCCAGAUGGAAAACAGGAAGAAGCUUCAGGCUCUUCUGUCCAGUCCAAAGGCGAUAUGGAGCCCCGAGGAGAUAGGAAAUGCAAUGUAGCACCCAAGGAAGGCUUUAAACCCGAAAAGUCACCUGGUAAAUAA